UUUUUUUUUUUUUUUACAGAAUUCGAACUUGGUACACUAGUUCUACUUAAAGAGUAGAUGACUGCUAUUGAUUUUGAAGUCACAAGGUCAAUGGUCAAGCUAUGGACAUAAGAUGUUGUCUGCUCAGUCUCUUGAGAACCCUUUGCUUGAUUGACAGCAAACCUGGCACAGAGUAGAUGACCCCCACUAGUUUUAAAGUCUCAAGGUCAAAGGUCAUAACUCAAAUGACUGGCUAUUUCAAAAUGUCUGCUCAGUAUCUUGAGAGAUCAAACUUAGUAAUUAUGGUUGAGUAACACAUAUCCUAUAAUGUAUUUUAAGACACAAUGCCCUUCCUUUCUUUCAAUAACGCUUGACUGGUAAGCAAUAGUUUCAGGUUCGACCGCCAGGCCAUGACGUGCCCGAGUGGUUAAAAUAGACAGCUACAUUGUUCCCUGGCAAAUCGCUCAACAUAAGUGAAAGUUGUGGGUCUUUGAAAUCCGACAUCUCCUGUCAAUACAACAUUUCCAAUUUAUAUGUAAAUUAAAGAAAUUGUCCACAUUUACAGUUCAUAUUUUUUGACGUGAAAACAGUUUGGUUCAAUAUAAAAUCCCUACAUUAAAGGGAAACACGUUUUGUUUCACCAGAUCUGGAGGUUAUAAAACUUUUACCACACUCAUACUCAAACUCAGCCAUGUUUGUUUUGAGUACAACUCUGGGCAAGCUCCGAAGCAUACUUUAAAAAUCUGUAGCAUGUACUCCAUUUGUGUAUGAGAAUAAUUUUAUAACAGUUUUACAACCUUCACUUUCGAGUUGAGUACAAUUUAGAGCACGGAGUUUGAGUAUAAAACGUGCUCAAAAGAGUUUUAUAACCUCCUGGCCUGAUUUUCAAAUUAAAAAUAUAAGUUUUGAAAGAUUCUAAAACGUAUACUGUGACAUCUAAAUUUGCUUGCUCCUCCACUGGUACCACAAAUUAUUUUGGGCGAACUGCGCUUUAAUACGCUGGCAUACAACAGCACGUUACUUUAAUACGCUGGCAUACAACAGCACGUUACUUUAAUACGCUGGCAUACAACAGCACGUUACUUUAAUACGCUGGCAUACAACAGCACGUUACUUUAAUACGCUGGCAUACAACAGCACGUUACUUUAAUACGCUGGCAUACAACAGCACGUUACUUUAAUACGCUGACAUACAACAGCACGUUACUUUAAUACGCUGGCAUACAACAGCACGUUACUUUAAUACGCUGGCAUACAACAGCACGUUACUUUAAUACGCUGGCAUACAACAGCACGUUACUUUAAUACGCUGGCAUACAACAGCACGUUACUUUAAUACGCUGGCAUACAACAGCACGUUACUUUAAUACGCUGACAUACAACAGCACGUUACUUUAAUACGCUGGCAUACAACAGCACGUUACUCCUCCAUUAAAAAGUAUGGGGGCGUGAAGCGUCACAGUUUAUGCCCUCAUGUGUUUUCAAAAAUGAAAUUUAUUUUUAAUAUUUAUAUUCUCCCAUCAUUUCUGUUAAAUAGAAGUACUACACCUUUGUUCAUUAAGAUUCAUUCGCACAUUGUUCACAUGGAAAUGUCUAUCAUUACAAUUUAUAAAGAACUGGAAACGUAAACUCAACCUUAUCAAAUAAAUCACAAUGUUCCCCUAAAUAUACAAGACUGCUCUAAGUCAAGAAACGUUUUAAUAUAAAGCAUUCACUAUUAUAUGGAUACCUACUUCCGCACCUACCCGGGGUUGAACUCACGACCUACGGAAUCAAAUCUCCUACCUAUAUACAGGUAUAUAAUAUUUUUUUUUUCGUUACAAAAAUAUCCUGAUUGUGGUAAAUACAGUACCUUUGAAUUGCUUUCAGUUACUAUAAAUUCUUUAGAAAAUUAUCAAAUUAACUGGCAUGAUGAACUAUGUGAAUGUCUUUUAUGAAUGUUUAUCAUUAGGAAUGAUAUUAAGAAGAACCUUGUACAAAAUGUAAAACCGCAAGAUUUGCCCAUACUAAUAUGACUGGGAUCGCUUUUCGUCCCCUAAUCCUCUGGAGAAGUCUAACAGAUUUUAAAUGACUGCGAGCAACUAAUGCGAGUUAGUAGUAACAAAAAAGAAUAGGAUCCCUUUGUCCCGAUGAAUCUAAAGUAGAGUCAGUAAUUUAAUCAUGCAUUAAAUAUUGUCAUUACAACCAGUAGAAUAAAUCCGAUACCCCGGAGAACGAACUUACGAUGGAACGAUGCCAGAUUUACAGAGCACACGGGGAGUCGUCCUAAAACCGCACACGCUCUCUAAAGCGAUAACCCCAAGGAAACAGAUGUAAACACAGUUUUGGAAAAGUACAAAAGUAUGGGUUUUUCCCUGAAUCUCAAGGACAUUCGCGCUCAUGAAAUAUUUCUAGUGUUUAUAACGAUGCCUUCGCAGAAUUUCAAUCGAUCGGUCUCCUCUUUAAUUGAAUCGGGUCUCCAUUUUGAUCCAUUUAACUGGAUGUGCUAGACUCGUGGAUAAAGUCAGGGAAACAAUGAAGAUGGACAUUUACGACCGUGCUGUGAUAUUUAUGCAUUGCGAUGACACAUGUAAGUAAUUUUGCAAAUCUCAGCGCGCAUUCGUGGAAACAGAGAUGCUGCUGCGGAGAACUCGGUACUGAAUGUCAAUUAAAGAUAUUUAAAAGAACAUGGCGCAUUCGGGCUUGGUACACCCUAAUUUAACAUGUGAUGUGUGUGAGGAGAGAUCUGUCCUGAUGCAUUGUGGAUCCUGUCAUAUCAGACUCUGUGGAGACUGUGUCGGUAAACACGUGUCAUCUCAACACUCCAAACACCAUGACGUGGCGGGAUUCAAAUACCGGAAACAUGACGCAACACUUCCGGUAUGUCAUCAUCACCCGUGUCAGCGAUGUGACGUACACUGCAGUGACUGCGAUGAACCCGUAUGUAGCAAGUGUAUGGCCACAUCAGAACAUAAAGAACAUCAUCUUGAUGAGAUAACGAAAAUUUAUGUCGCCAGACGGUUACUCUUGUUACAGGAAAUAAGCUUUCUGCAGAAUACAGUGAUUCCACAUUACGAUAAAAUGGAAUCUGUGCUCGAUGCAAAGAUGUCCAAACUGUCUCAUGACUAUUCCUCGGUGUUUAAUAAGAUCAUUUCAGAAGAGGAAGUUCUCCAUGAAACUAUACAAAAGUUUUUCCAUCGCAAAAAAGGAGAAACUUUUGCGAUGAAGGAGAGAGAUUUUAAAGUUCUACAAGAGCAAAGGAAUGGCAUUUCUUGUUCAAAGUCAACAGUGGAGACAUUGUUGUCCAAGUACAAACACGUCUGCGGCUCCAACAACAUCGACGAAAUACUGAUGUGUCCUUUUGAAAAGGGUCAAUACAGAAGGAUUCCUCCGAUUGCCGAUAUCACUCCGCCUACUUUUUCUCCUGUUGAUGUUGAUGAGAAAUUUUGUGAACAGUUUGUGAAACUAUCACCAUCAGUCCAAAAACUGAAGUCUCGAGGACAACGCCUUGAGAGUGCCUCAAGUAUUAAAGAAGAGAAGGAACUUUUAGCAGAAGUUGAGCUUAUAGGGUCAUUUCAGAGUGUUUACGAAGAAUUGCGACGAGUGCAUUGCAUCGGAAACGAUCAAGCAUGGUUGAGUGGAAGCGCUCAUGGCACGCUCAUACGGAUGGACAUCAAUGGAAAGUCGCUUGAAACGGUUCAUGUCACCCACGGUUACGCCCCCAAAGACAUGGUUGUAUCCACUGAUGGUUCACUGAUCUACUGUGACGUGGGAAGUUUGAGUGUCAACGCCUUCAAAGAUGGAAGUUCCAAAAUCAUCGUCAAAUUAACCAAGUGGAUGCCUACCUCUCUAUGUGUGACAACAGUGGUUGGACACCUACUUGUGGGGAUGAUUUCUAAAGAUCACAAAUUUGGCCGCGUUGUUCGUUAUGUGGGGUCCAAAGCCAGACAAAAGAUACAGUUCGAUGACAAAGAGCAGGACCUUUUCAAGAAGCCAUCAUCACUGGCUGAGAACGCAAAUGAAAAUAUAUGUGUGAUCGAUUCUAGUGCACAGUCGCUUGUUGUGCUCACCAAGUUCGGGUUGUUUAGAUUUAGAUAUAAUGGAAGUCAAAAGACUCGCACUUAUUCCUUCCAACCAAGUGGCCUGGCAACAGAUAGUAUCGGCCAGAUCAUUGUAGGGGAUCGGAUGAAUACUUGUCUGGACAUCAUCGACAGAGAUGGUCAAUUCAUCAGAUCUAUUGCUGGGUCCUUACUGAACAUCCCGUCUGCAAUCAGCAUCGACGAUAACGAAAAUUUGUGGGUAAGCGAAUUCCACACCGGACACGUCAAAAUUAUCAAAUACCUCGAAUUUAGUGAAAGCAAUUGCUGCAGCCAAGCCGAUUAAACAGUAUUUACCUUUACUUUGUUUAAUGACUGCAUUUCCACGUUGUGGAUGUACCUUGUGACUGCUUUAGUACAUAGCUAUUUUGAAAAGAAAUACAGUACCGUCUUACAAAUGUAAGGAUGAUUUGAAUUGUUUAUCAAGUAUGUCAAAAUUUCGUCGUUGAACCAGCAAAGCUGUUUGAGAAAAAUUAAAAUUACUUUCCUGUCAUAGGUAUGUUACUGCAGCACUUUAGUGGUUGAUAAUUAUUUAAGGGAAACGAAAGAAUUCAUUUUCGGUCCAGAUUCUUAGGAGAUGAUAAGCUAGAUAUUUUGAAUUUGUUGUAUAUAAAACUGUACCAUACGUGUAUUUAACAUUUCUCCAGAACCACCGGGAUCGCCGUGACACCUCAGGCGGUAGAACGCGUGGAUUGUUAAACCUGAGAGUGACUGUACCAUCACCAACAGUCAUCAUCAAUACUUAUAUAGCAAUAUUCCUUUAUCACCUGUAUAUAAUGUUUAUGUCUCUCAACUGAUUCGAUACGUGAACAAGAGUUUCCUGUGCGUAUGGUCAGUUUUUAAAUCGAGACAUGCUACUGACAAAUACGUUGAUGUUACAGAAAAGUCAGCAUUUCAAAUUUUAAGGUCGUUAUAUCGAUCUUAUUUACCAAUAAAACCUGUCAUUGGAUCAAA